ACCCACACGCUCGGCUCGCGCGCGCGCGCAGACUCAUGGCGGCGACCUCGCCGGCGCCGACGAGGGCCGCCGCGGCGCUCACCCUGGCCCCGCAUCGAAGGGUCCACCAUGUCCACAUGCCUUCCGGCCGCCCCUGCCCCUGCCGCACUUCUGCCUCUCCUCGGCGGCGCACUCCGCGAUGCCGCGCGAAGCCGACAGUCAAGGGCGUGGUCGACGACGACGAGGACGCUUCCCGGGAGUCAGACCCUGAAAGGAAGGAGGAGGAGGAAGCUAUGACUGCGACUGGUACGCUGCCGGGAUGGCUCAGGCUUGACACGGUUGGGAUGGAUAUCCUGAGCAUCGCCGCGCCCGCUGUGCUCGCGCUCGCCGCCGACCCCAUCGCUGCGCUCGUCGACACCGCCUUCGUCGGCCAUAUAGGUUCAACCGAACUUGCUGCCGUGGGUGUAUCGAUUUCGAUCUUCAAUUUGGUGUCGAAGUUAUUUAAUGUUCCACUGCUUAACGUGACUACAUCUUUUGUUGCUGAGCAGCAAGCAGUAGAUGAUAGUUAUAGAGGAACAGGAGAAAAUGAAUUUCGAAGAUUCCCAGAUAAUAAGUUGACAGAAGAAAGGAAGUUUCUUCCGGCAGUCACGACAUCUUUGGCUCUAGCUUCUGGUAUUGGGUUGAUGGAAACUGUGGCACUUAUUUUUGGAUCUGGAACAUUGAUGGAUUUCAUCGGUAUACCAGUGGAUUCCCCAGUGCGUAUACCAGCCGAGCAAUUUCUUACUUUUAGGGCAUAUGGUGCUCCACCUAUCAUAGUAGCACUUGCAGCACAGGGUGCAUUUCGUGGGUUGAUGGAUACAAAGACACCUUUGUACGCUAUUGGUGUUGGUAACCUAGUAAAUGCAAUACUUGAUGCCAUAUUUGUCUUUCCGCUUGGUUUAGGAGUAAGAGGUGCUGCGUUGGCGACUGUAACAUCUGAGUACGUGAUAGCUUGCAUCCUCCUUUGGAAGUUGAAUAGUAAAGUAGUAAUCUUCUCAGGAAAGAUCAUUGGUGGUGGAAUGAUACGCUACCUGAAAUCAGGUGGACUGCUGAUCGGUAGGACCAUAGCAGUGCUCCUCACCAUGACACUGUCAACAUCUCUUGCUGCAAGGGAAGGGCCUGUUCCAAUGGCUGGCCAUCAGUUAUGCUUGCAAGUAUGGUUAACAAUCUCUUUACUCAAUGAUGCAUUAGCUCUUGCUGGACAGGCUCUGCUUGCAACUGAAUAUACGAAAAGAAAUUACAAGCAGGCGCGCAUGGUUCUCUACAGAGUUCUGCAGAUUGGAGGGGUGACUGGUACGGCACUCGCUAUAAUCUUGUUUUUUGGGUUUGGGUCUUUCUCCUCGCUGUUCACAGACGAUCCAGCAGUUCUGGGUAUUGCCAAAUCUGGUGUCUGGUUCGUCGCCAUCUCCCAGCCAAUAAACGCUGUUGCUUUUGUGGUUGAUGGGCUCUACUAUGGUGUAUCUGACUUUGCAUAUGCUGCCUACUCCAUGUUCUUUGCAGGAGCCAUAUCAUCGGCUUUCCUACUUGUUGCCGCUCCUGAAUUUGGUCUUGGUGGCGUCUGGGCCGGUCUCAUUCUUUUUAUGAGUCUGCGAGCAGUUGCUGGGUUGUGGAGGUUGGGGAGCAAAGGUGGACCCUGGAACUCGAUCUUGUCAGAGACUGACUUACGCGACAAAAUGUGAUACCCUAGAUAAUAUGAUGAGAAGAUGAAAAGAUAGAAAAAUAAGACAUAUCUUGGUUUUCUUAUGCAGUUACUUGGCAAAUACAUGUACAGAUCCCGUGGAAGUUGCAAACUUCAUUUACUGCCAAGGCGUUGUCACUAAAGUUGUAGCCGUAGAAGCACCUCUUACUUUGUUGUGGCAUUUGUUGCAAAUGCUACAGGUAGUUGAUUUGGCUGUUUUGUACACCUUCAGAUAUACCCUAGAUAAUUAUGAAUCCUGUGAAAUGUAGUUCUUACGUAGAUGAUGUGUAACCGUGGAAGCAUUCUCCACUUGGUUGUAGCCAUUAUUACAAGUGCUACAAAAAGUUGGUUUUAGCUGUUUUGUACACCAUGUGCAAGAAAAAUAUAGUUUGCUAGCCCAACA